GUCAGCGCUGGCUCGCUUUAAAGGGACAGGAAGUGCGAGGUUAGCUUUACACUACAGAUUAUAGGUGUCGUUUAGUGCGGUGUUCGCUACAUGGAUUUGUCGACGUUAGUGCACAAAAGGCUUUAGGAAUAUCCGCACAUGCUGUAGUAAACCCGUCGUCUGUUAUUAAGCGUGUUAUUGGUGAAUGUUAGCAUGAAUGGUAAGGUUGGGAAUGGAGCGGCGGGCGGUGUGCUGGCCUGUAUUGAGGGUCUGCCGCCGUUGCCCAAGAGUCUGAGCGGUCUGCUCAACUCCAGCGGCGGCUCUUGGAGAGAGAUGGAGAGGAUGUACGUGAAGAAGACCAUGAUCCAGGACGACCUGAGCCGAGGACGGAACAACGCGGACAAUUUGCUGGCGAAUAAACCGGCGAACCUGGAUGCCGCCCUGGCUCUGUUGAGAAAGGAGAUGGUGGGUUUGCGGCAGCAGGACAUGUCUCUGCUCUGUCAGCUGUGGUCCCUCCACGAGUCCAUCCAGGAGUACAAGGGUAGCUGCCACGACCUGUCUGCCGUGUCCAGUGCCGACGGGCCGUACGGGAUGGAGAACGGUUAUUUUGAUGAAGAUGAGGAAUAUUAUACUGAAUCCGCCAUGACACCAGCAGAAACUCCAGAUGGAAAUGACACGUCACCUAAAAACGGGACGUCCAAGGACAGCUGGAUACAUGACUCUUUUCAUAUCACGAUAUAAACGAUGAACUUGAGUUGCUUUUUGGAUUUUUUUUAAAACAAGCUGUGCCAUGAUUUUAGUUUGCUGGCAUCAUUUAGUUUUACAGCAGAGUCUUUCUACAGGAAUUUGAAACAAUGAUUAUUAUUUAUUGUAUAAUACAUAAUAGUAUUUUUUGCUGAUUUAAUCAACGUUGGAAAUUUUAUAAGAUCUUUUUUAUAAGGGGAGAAGCAUGGUUUCAUAAUUAUAUUAAGUUUGAAAACAUUGGGUUGAGUAGAAGCUUGGCCCUGCUAGAUUAGAUUUUUUUGUAUUUUGUAUUUCUCACUGAGCCGUUGCUCGCAGGGUGCUUCAAUUCUGAUAAUGCUGGAUGUCAUACCUAUUUGCUGAUGUGUAAUCCAUGGUAUAACCAGCACAAAGAACUCACAGCCUCACCAAAACAAGCCAUCGCGUGCGUCCCUGUGUAUUUAUUACAUGACAUACUAUACGACUUGUUCAUCAUAUACAUAUCUAUACGUAUUUAAAUGCAUAUCCAGCUGCGUUCAGCUCCAUAACAUUUCCAUAGCAUUUACAUUUCAUCCUUUGUCAAUCUACAAUAGAUCAUAUAGAUGUUUUAUUUAUUUACUUAUUGCUGCUUGGAUUAAGUCUUCCAUUGCAUUUUCAUUGUAUGUGUUUCAUAUGUUAAAUGACUUACAUAUAAAGUCGCCUGUAUUGAUAAUGUGACAUAAUAAACUUUGUUUUGGCAUAAAUAUAGCCAUUAAACAAACUAAAGAAACAGUGUAUACAUAUCCUGAAUCAGUGAUUGAUCAAGAUUCAGUCUGAUAAUAUACACCUUAUAUGUAAUAUAAUACACAUUUUUUA